AGCACCAUGGUGUCAAAUCCUGACACUACAAGUUCCUUACUCCAGGAUGAGUUUAUUGCUUCAUCUAUUGCUCCUUGUUCCUUCUGUUGCUAGUGUUAGUUUAUCACUGACAAGUGGAGAGGUUUGUGAAGGAGCUGUUGCUACUUGGACCUGUGUUGUUAAUAAUUCUUAUGAUGGGGUUUCGAUAGCAUGGCGUAACAAUGGAGAAACUGCAUAUCCACUUAACACUUUAGCUCCACUGGGACCAGAUAGUCCAUUUAAUGCUACACUCACUUCUAUUAAUAGCAGUGUCAUCAUAUCAAUAGCAACUGCUACAGUAACUGAUAUUGUGAAUGGAUCAUUACUGGAGUGUUCUGAUAGUCGCUUUAACUCUCCUUCUACAAAUGUUACUCUAAUUUUAAAAGAUCCAGAAGCUGGUAAUCUAAGCUCACCUGUGUUUUAUGAUGAUGGUAUCAGGGUCUCUUGGAGUGGAGCCACUUGUUUAUCAUCACUUAGACUCUCAACCCAUCUCUCAUCAGCUUAUGAAGUUGAUGUGAAGAAUGUAGCUGGAACAACACAUUAUGAUUUUAUUCCAGUGACUUCUGGUGACUACAGCUUUCAAUUAACCAGUGUUGAUUAUUCUGGAAAUGAUAUUGGCUCUAUGAAUAGUACAUCCAUUCCUUGGAAAGAGCCUAAAAUAUCUGUUGAUACAAAUGUUAACAACAAUAUUGCCAACUUUACAAUUAAGAACAAUGAUGAUGAACGACCUCCAGUUACUAACUGUAGCAUUACUUUUGAUGAUGUCUUGAAUAUGAAUAAUAUUGUCAUCUUUAGCAUAACGCCAGGAGCUAAGCAUUCAUACAAUAUCACUGUUACUAAUGCUGCUGGUACAGUUAAUAUGAAUGGUGGUAAGCUAACACGUUCAUAUUUAGAGCAGAUAUUAACCUUCUUUACUAGAGUUGAGUAA